AUGGCGUGGGCCGACCUCCCGCCGGAUCUCCUGGGCGCUGUCAUCGCGCGCCUCCCGCAUCCCGGCGACCGCGCCCGCAUCUGCGCCGCCUGCCGCGCGUGGCGCUCCGCCGCGCGCCGCCACGUGAGCCACCAGCAGCCCCCAUGGAUCGUGCUCCCGGACGGCACCUUCUGCACCACCGGCCGCGACGGCGCCUUCUUCCCCCGGAUCCCCGGCCUCCCCGACAACGCCACCUGCCUCGCCGCCACCGACGCCUGGCUCGCGCUCGACUGCACCGACGACGUGUUCCGGCGCACCCCCUUCUGGGACAACUACUGCCGCGAGACGGGGACGUUCCCCGUCGACGCCAGGCCGGACGUCAAGCACCGGCACACCUACCUGCUGCACAAUCCCUUCACCAACGUCACCGUGCCGCUCCCGGAGCUGGACGCCAUCAUCGGCCAUGUCGCCGAGACCUUCGAGGUCCGCAAGGUGCUCAUGCGCUCGUCGACGAAUCCAGCUGAUGAUCUCGUCGCCGUCACGACCAGCAGCUCGGACUGCAACAUCAUCCUGUGCCGCCCCGGCAAGGGUGCGCAUGUGCUGCCCUACUUGAGGGUCAUUGACGUCGCCUUCUUGGGAGACGACACGCUAUAUGGGAUCACCUCGGGCGACGAACUCGUCGCCUUCCAUCUCGGCGAGGACGACGACGGCAGGCCACAGGUCAUCGGGUUUAGACUAGUCAUCGUGAACCCAAUGGCUGAUUAUUAUAAGAAACAUUCGUGGAGCUGGCCUCCAGGCGAUGAUGACAGUACUAGUGAGCGUAGUGAAUAUGAUGGUGGAGAGAAGGAUGGCAGCAAUGAGGAGCCAAAACAUGAGGACGAGGCACCGAACCAAGACAAGGAUGGAAACGACGAGGAGGAGGAGGAGGAUGACGAGGCAGCAGCAAACCCAGAGGAGGAGGAGGAGGCCGAUGACGAGGCAGAAGCAGCAGACGCAGAGGAGGAAGUGGUGGUGGUAGACUACACCAGCUUCGAUGCCGACGACUACGAGGUGAGAGAGGGCGACGAUGACGAUUGGGAGCUGCGGUACCUGGUGCCCUACGAAGCAAAGGACGAGACGUAUACCGCCCGGUACCUGGUGCCGUCGCUGAGUGGGGAUCUGCUCUUGGUGAGGCACCAGCGCCUAUUGUCUCCGUAUUCCGAUUCCUACACUAGCAAGGUUGAGGUCUUGAAGGCGGAUGUCAUGGCGGGCAGGUGGAUUCCGGUCACCGCUCACGACGGGCUAGGCAAAGGCGAGGCGCUCUUCCUCAGCCGAUCCUUCAGCAAGUCCAUUCGUGCGCACGGAGAUGUCGAGGAGGGCCUGGUGCAUUAUUUAUCUAGCCAUCUGGACGAUGUGUUGGACACGAGAUCGUGGACUAUACGUAACAUGACAUUUAGGUGGCCAUGGCAGCGGAAUCUGGCGGAUGACAAGUGGGAAACAUGGCUAUUCCCACCAGAGUUGGUGCUUUAA